AUGGAAUCUGAGGGCAUUCAAGACUUGUUUGCCGCUUUGAAACAAGCUGGUAACGGCAGCCAAAUUUCCCCGGAAGAAAACGGCCAAAAUGGCGCGAGAUUACAGGAAAACGACUUCGAUCAAGACAAACUGGAGUUUGACGAAGACUCGAAAAUCGCAAGACAACAACAGACUUUCCACGACAUCGAGCAGCGGCUGCGUAGUCUGCCGCGUAUGCAAACCGGUUUUGAUGCGCUUUCAGGUGGCAAGGACGAAGCAAAGUCGGUCCGCAAAGUGGAAGACCCAGUUUCAAUACUACACAUGCGCAAGAAGGACGCACAGACGAAAAAGCCUUCUACGUCAGAACAGUGGUUUACUCUGCCCAAACCAGAGCUGACGAGAGAGCUCAAGCGCGACUUGCUGCUUCUAAAACACCGUGCAGCACUGGAUCCAAAACGACACUACAAGAAAGACAAGUGGCAGGUACCAGAGCGGUUUUCCGUGGGCACGAUCGUCGAGGACAAGAGCGAGUUUUUCAGCAGCCGUAUAACCAAGAAGGAGCGCAAAAACACCACACUGGAGUCGCUGAUGGCGAACGACGACACAAACCGCUAUUUCAAGCGCAAGUACGGCGAGGUGCAGAGCAAGAAGACCAGCGGCGCAAAGGGCCAUUACAAGAAGGUACGGGAAAGACGCAAGAAGAUGUGA